AGGUGGAGUUAGCUGAUGUCCUUUUAAGCUUGCAAAUUUUUUUUGGACACUUCUUGAGCAGCUGUGCAACUGAAGUGAAAGCACACACACACACACGCUCUCCUCUCUCUCUCUUUUUCUCUUCACUCACUGGCUUACGUCCGAGCACAACGAGCCUGAGCUCAGUUGGUAUUUUUAAUCCCAGUUUGACAUUUCUAACCAUGGCAGACUCCAUGCAGACUGAAGAGCAGGAGAAUCCCGAGGUUCCCGAGCCACAGGAGCAAGAUGAAACCACCCCGAAACAAGAGCCCCAGUUCAAUGGGGUCCUGGUACUCACCCUCCUGGACAAAGUGAUGGGUAUGGUCGACAAGAUCCAAACCAGCCAGCAGCAGCUGGAACAGCGGCAUCUGGAGAUGGAAACCGCUGUGUACCACAUCCAAAACGAGCUGAGCAAGUUGACCAAAUCACACGCCACUGCCAGCAACAGUGUGGACAAGAUGCUUGAGAAGAUUCGGAAAGUCAAUGUCAAUGUGAAGACCAUCAAGUACAACAUGGAGAAGCAAGGCGCGCAGAUCAAAAAGCUUGAGGCGAAUGAAGCCACGCUAUUGAAACGGAAUAACUUCAAAGUAAUGAUUUACCAGGUAAGCCUUUCACUGAAGUUAACAGUGCAUGUGACAGAGCAAUGGUGA